CUAGCACCUCUUGAGCGAAAAUUAAACCAGACGUUAGAGCCAUACAGAGAUCACUGUUGUGCUGGUUUGAGUUUCGUUGCGUUCUCUACUGGACGCCGGUUUUAAGAUGGGAGACAUAGCAGAGAUUCACAUAACACCCGCGACUCCCGGAAGACCCGCUAUCCUGAACCCGUUUGAGAGCCCAAACGACUACCACCGUCUGCACGAGCCCCUGGUGCCCAGCCCGUCCGUGUUCACGAGCUCCUCGAGCUCCUCCGCGACACCAGCCAAGUUCAAAUGGUCCAUUGACGAAAUGGCAAAUUUACUUCCUGUGGAAAUAGACGCAGAGGACAUUCACCGCCAGGCUGUGUUUCUGAGCCAAGCCAGGGCAGAUGCUGAGAUUGAGGAAAAACGGCAGCACGCAAUUGAACAGUUUUUCACUAAAGGUGCAAUUGUUCCGUCUCCAUGGGGGCCACCGGCAGCGAAACAAUCUGUAAAAAUGCCACAUCAGAAAAGUCCUUUGUCCCCACUGGUCACAGAGGAGCUUCAGUCUUCAAAGAAAAUAAAUGCUAUCUGUCAGACGGUCCUCUCUCUACCUGUGGACUUCAAUCUUGAAAAAGUUCUGGGUGAUUACUACAGGACAGAAGAGUUAACCGAGCAGGUGCAGGAGAGCCUCAGCUCCUCUUCAUUGCGCCGGAAGCUGUUUCUCGAUGGCCAUGAUAGUGGCUCGGAGUCCUCUACCCCUUCCAGCCCAGACAGAUAUACCCACAGCGUCCCUCCCAGCAGUCGAGAGAUGAUGUCUUCUGUUAUCGUCUCUCCACUUCAGUGUGGCAUUCCAACUGGGACGCCCUUGUCUGGCCAGUUUUCUUCCAGUCCCAUCCAAGGCCAGUGUCGAGCACACAGUCUGGGCAGUGUCGCAAGUCCCAUGUUUUCAGAGAGAUCAUCGCCUGCUUUCAAGUCUCCUAUUCUGUCACCCAUCAGACUUCAACAUUCUGUGACGCCUGGAUCAGGUGAGAGGAAAAGGCUGUCGUUUCUGUCCCCCGACGGCAAUCCCAUGGGCAGCUCAGACAUGGACCUGAACCAAUGUGGAGAGAGCCCAUUGGUGGAGGGUUGUUCCCCUAUUCGAAGCUGCUCCCCCUUUCAGUCCCGACCUAGAGACAGAGCCUGCAUGUGGGCCUCUCCUACUCACCUGUCCCCUAUCCUCCAGGACAAGGAGAACUUCCAUCCCAAUGAACCUUUACCUACCAUGGACCUGGACGCUAACUCAACAGGACCUCAUGCUCCGAGAGAAGGACACCAAUCUGGGGGAAGUGAGUCUGAGGCCUCCGUGGCUGUCUCUGAGCAGAUGGAUCAAGACGAGCAGUUCAUGAAGGACGCUGGAGGAAAUGAUGAGACUGACAUAAGGGGAAAUGAGGAUGAGGUCAUCAGCAGGAGCAGAGAAGAGUCCUGUGGUUGGGUUCCUGAAGAGGAUACUGCGUCGUCACCAGUGAGACUGUCCAGCUCUCGAACAGGCAGUGUGCCUGACGCUGAAAGUACACACAUGUUUGUAUCCCUGCUAGCGGAAGGAAGCAUUACACCCUACGACAUUAGCAUGCAGGUGGAUAGCGGUUAUAACACUCACUCGGUGUGCACCACCAGCCUAAUGGACACCCUCAGUUCAGACAGCCAGAGUAAAGACUUGCUGGACACACACACUGCUGAAGAGGGUGUACCUUUCGCUAGAUACACUAAACCAAAGUUGCUCAUCCUACCGCAUUGAGAACAAAGGACAGAACAGGCACUUUAAACACUCUUACCCCCAAAGAUGUGGAGGAGACGCAGGGCACAUUGACACAUCAAGCUGGAUGGUGCUCAUAUGAAUGCUGAAUACUGUGGUUUUACUGUCUGAGCCUCAUGAAAAAGUUUUUGUACUGAUUAAUCUACAGUAUUAUUUAUUCUUGCUCCAAAAAUGAAAUAACUUUGGGACUGAGAAACUUGAAUUAGAUUGAAGAUUAUGUAUAGGUUUUACUGAUUGUGAAAUGUUGCUUUCCAAUUACUUAAAAGAGGGUGGCAGGUACGUAACCAUUUCCUCUAGCUGUUUUUAUAGGGCCUUUUUUUAAGAUUUUAAAUUUUAAGUCUUAAAAUUUAUUAAUUAAUUAAUCACUAACAAACCUAUGGGGAUACCACAAUGCAGACAUAUUAUGGCAACGUUUAUCUGAAUUGUAAUAAAACGUCUGGAUUAAA